AUGGUGAAUGAUUUACAAAAGGGUUCAUUAUCCACCCAUCUUGGGAUACCAAUGAUUUAUGGGAUUGAUGCUGUUCAUGGUCACAACACAGUGUACAAGGCGACGAUUUUCCCUCACAAUAUUGGUCUUGGAGCUACAAGGCAAGUAUGUAGAGAUCCAAGAUGGGGUCGGUGUUAUGAAAGCUACAGCGAAGAUCCCAACAUUGUCCGAGCAAUGACUGAGGUCAUACCGGGAUUACAGGGAGAUAUCCCUGCUAAUUCUGUAAAGGGUGUUCCCUUUGUUGGUGGAAAGCAAAAGGUUGUGGCCUGUGCCAAGCACUAUGUGGGGGAUGGUGGAACAACUGAAGGCAUCAACAUCAACAAUACAGUGAUUAGCAGGCAUGGACUGCUCAGCAUCCAUAUGCCACCCUACCACAACUCAAUCAUCAAGGGCGUGUCAACGAUCAUGGUCUCCUACUCGAGCUGGAACGGGACUAAAAUGCACACUAAUCAUUAUCUUAUCACUGACUAUCUUAAGAACACUCUACGUUUCAGAGGGUUUGUCAUCUCAGAUAUGGGUGGUAUUGAUUUGAUCACUUCUCCACCAAAUGCUAACUCCACAUAUUCCAUUCUAACUGGUAUCACUGCUGGCAUUGACAUGGUCAGUAGUUCUUAG